CAAGUCCAUCUGCUGCAUUCCUUACUUUAUCAUCGUCCUUUUGAUGCUGGUCUGCAUUCUGGUCGGCAUUGCCCUGGCCGUUGGGUACGGUAUAGAAGGUAGUGUUGCCAUGAACGCCGUCCUCAUAACCCUUGCCAGUGUCGUGGGCCUUUCCAUUGUGGCCAAUAUGUACACGUGGGGUCAGGCCUUCAUGGCCCUUGUGCUCUCACAGAAGAAGCGAGUGGUCAGGGCGGCAGACCAUAUGGAGGAUUUGAAAAUGGAUGGAUUCAUGCAACAUCUGAAAAGAGAAGUGAGUACAGAGAUCUGGUGAAAUUGUAAGAGUGAAAGAUUGAAUCAUUGAUCACGUGUUAAUGUAACAUCUAUGGUAAUGGAGAGGAGAUUAAUAUUGAAUUCAGUUGUUUAUAUAUGUGAAACCCCCUCCCCCCCCUCUUCCUGGCAUAAAUCAUACAAGUUAAACCUGAAAUAUUUUAUUUAAAUUUGAUUUCAAAAGAUUGAAGGAUAAUUUUAUUUUAAACCAUACUAUGUGUUUCUAGGUGGACUUGAUGAGUAAAAUGGUCAACUGUAUGGACAGCUUUACCGAUGACCAGACCAGACUCGUUGUUAUAGUGGAUGGACUGGAUAGCUGUGAGCAGGAUAAGGUAACCACAUGUUUACUACCCAAUGUCUCUCGCCUUGAUUGAAUAAAGUCUUAUCAAAGGAUGGACAACUCUCAAGGUGUCUGUCUUAUCUACCAUCAUCCUGUAGUGGUGAACUCCAGGAGUUGUCUACUCUUGUACACUCUGGCUCCAGUUUGAGCCCCUCUUUAAAUAUAUUGACUAUUAUGCACUGGGAUUCAUCACUGGCCAAAUCUAAAUAAGACAAAGUUGAUGGCGCUCACCUGGUCUUUUGGGUCGUGUUAAGUGGUGUUAUUAUUGAUUUUUUACUUUUAUUAUGUUUGGUAACCUAAGGUUCUCCAAGUUUUGGACACGGUCAAGUCCUUGUUCUCUGACGACAACUCUCCUUUCAUCACGAUACUGGCUGUUGAUCCUCACAUCAUUAUAAAGGGUAAGGCUCAGGGUUAGUUUAUUUCAUGUACAAAUACUUGGUAUAAUGAUACUGCACAUUGGUAUAACUCAACUGAAGCUUGGCAUAGGGUAAGGAAAGUAUCCAUUUAAUUAUGUACAUGUGGACGUGGAUCCCACUCAGCGUUGAUCCUAAGGAAAUAAUGUAUGUAUCCCUCCCACCACACAGAUCGUAAGAACAUAUGUGUCUGUAUCACAACCAUCGUUCUGAUCCUAAUAACAUGGGGGUUAGCAAUCAAAACUACCCUCCCUGACCUUCAGUAAAUAGAAUUUUGUAUUUCCAGAAAUGAAAAAUGUAAACUAACUGUAACCUAGUCUAUGAUGAAAUUCUUUGAUGUCUCUAUGAAACCAGGCAUUGAGCAGAACCUGCGCACAUCCUUCCAAGACACCAACGUCAACGGUUUUGAUUACCUGAGAAAUGUGGUGCAUCUGCCCUUCUAUUUACAAUCACAAGGCAUGCGGAUACAGUCUGGUGAACCCACAUCUAAUCUGAUGGACACAAGUGAAACUUCACCAUCCAAAACCAUGAGAGUGAGUACUCAUCAGAUGUAUCUCAAGGAUAGUUCAAGAUAUAAAUAUUACUCAUGUAUAUUAGUUAACUGGGUUAAAUCAUUUUGGGACAUAGAUGCCUCAGACAUGAGUGGGGCAUCUAUGUCCCAAAAUGAUUUAAUCCGGUCAACUAAUGUACAAAAAGAAUUAAAUGUGUUAAUUUUUUAAAACUUACAUUUUUUUUUUUUUAAGAACUGCUGAGAUGUAGGGUUGUAAGACAGCUUAAUGUCAGCUACUAAUGCCGAUUUUUAAAUGUAAAAUAGUUUAUUGAUUUACAUGUUAAGCAUACUUUCAAAUAUGCUUUUUUGAAAUAUUUCAUUUUGUAUUAUAUGAGUGAAAAGACGCAAUAGUUAUUCAUGCGGCUGGCUGUACUGGGGUUGGGAAGAUAAAAAAAAAAGUAAUAGAAGACAAUGGCCAGCUCGGCCGUCUUUUGUCUCCAACUUACUUCGAUGAAAAUAAAUUUAGCAAUGUACAGAUCAUAUUGCAACUUAUUAAAAGUACAUUCUUGGCUCUGGCUUUGUGAUGCACGUUUAUGUGACUAACCCAGUGACAGUGUACAUCAAUCUCUUGCAGCAAGACUCUGUCCUGACCAGUGUCAGCAGCGACACCAAGUCUGGAAGGAAGGCAUCGAGGGCCAUGGGGUCAACCCACAUGGUGGGAGGAUCGUUGUCUGGGUCACUCCCUGGAAUGAUCUACGCCAGCUCAUUUGACCUGAGCUCCACAUUUGCAAAGAACGACUACUUCAGCGACAUCAACCCCCGCAGUAUGAGACGGCUGAUGAACAUAGUAGCGGUUACAGGUAGAUUUUUUUACCUUUAAGUAUUUCUUCAAAUUAGCAGCUGUUAGAUAUAGAACUUUUGUUCUAAGGCUUGUACAAAUCAGCAGCUGUUAGAGAUAGAACUUUUGUUCUAAGGGCUUGUACAAAUCAGCAGCUGUUAAAGGUAGAACUUUUGUUCUUAGUGCUUGCACAAAUCAGCAGCUGUUAGAGAUAAAUCUUUAAUUAUUUUUCUUGAAGUACUUACACAAAUUAGCAGCUGCUUCAUAUAGAACAUUUGUUCUUGACGUUUUUAAAGAGCUCUGUCGCUUGUAGAGAAAUGAUUCCUUCUUGAAGAUGGUAGGGUAACAAGCUGGUGUGUGUGGGGGGGGGAGGUGGGGGUCAGGGUUGGUUUAGGAUCUGUGUGAUUUCAUCCCCCCCCUUUAUUUGCAAGUUUGCCUUGUGUCCUGCCAAGCAGACCAACGAAUCCUUUCAAAUAAAGUAGACCUUACCAAGCCCCAUGUUAUCUGUGUCAAAUGUUAACCUGUCACUUUCCUCCUGUCAGCCCGGCUGUUGAGGGCCUACAACAUAGACUUCAAGUGGCACAGGCUGGCCGCCUGGAUCAACCUGACAGAGCAGUGGCCUUACAGGCUCUCUUGGAUCAUAUACUUUUAUGAAGAGGCUGACGUCAUAGAGAACUCUGCCUCGCUCUACUCUCUGUACAAACGGUGAGCCGCAACUCUAACCACUUUGCCCCGCACCAGGGGUCAUCAAACCUUUUAACUGGGGAGAGGAGGGGGGGGGUGUCACUUUCCCUCAGACACUGUUGAGAGCCGCCCUAUAGUUGAAAACAAUAGAAAUUUGAUAGAAAUCAUAUGCACAUAUUUUCUUUAAUUUAAAAAAAGAAUGAAACACAAUUGAAUCUUUCCAAUGAAGAACUAGAUCUAGUUAAAUCAUUAUACAAUUACUCUUACUUCAGUGUGAACUAUAGGCCAACAUUUGACCAUCUAGAUGGUCAAUGUCACUGCUACCUGGGUACCUGUAAGGUGGCCAUGCAGGUCGGACUAAAGACCCUUGGUGGGCUGAAUCUGGCCCUAUGGGCUGUAGUUUGAGGACCUUAUACAAAAAAUUAUGUUACAAACAUAUUGUCAUGCCAAUCCCUUGUCUGUUGUAUGUUUUAGUAAAGCACCAAGCAUUCCCUCCACAAGUCUCUUGCCCGUUGUAUGCCUAUCAUAACUAGUAUCAUAAAUCAGUCUUUGAAAACUGGUAUUGUUCCAUUCUCUUUUAAAGAGACCGUUGUAACUCCAAUGCUAAAGAAAGCAAAUCUCGACCCAGAUAUGUUGGAAAAUUAUCGCCCCGUUUCAAAUCUACUUUUUGUUUCCAAAAUUUAAGAGAAAUUCGUUCUCCACCAGCUCCUGAACCACCUCUUUCAGUGUGACUAGCUUGAGCCUUUCCAGUCAGCAUACAGGGCGCAUCACUCUACAGAGACAGCUCUGUUGCGAGUCGUAAAUGACCUUCUGUCAUCUUGUGGUGAGGGCCAGGUUUCCCUUUUGUCGUUACUUGAUCUAUCGGCAGCGUUCGAUACGCUUGACCACGGCAUACUUCUCCAGCGUCAGCAAAAAACUUCAGUUUCAGCGAUAACGUCCUGAGAUGGUUCCACUCCUAUAUGACAAAUCGGAGAACGAAUUUCUCUAAUCAGGUCCAACCAGUUAUCGCAAACGGCCUGAUCUCGAGGCAAUCUAUUAUCAAAUUCGGAGUACCCCAGGGCUCGGUCCUAGGCCCGGUGCUUUUCACUAUGUACGUUCAGCCACUGGGUGCAGUGAUCAAGCAGUUUGACAUCCUAUAUCACAUGUUCGCGGAUGAUACCCAACUUCAGCAAUCCAUGAUCCCCUCUCAGUUCCCACAGCUUCUUAGUAUGACACAGAAGGCAGUGGAGUCAGUUAAGCACUGGAUGAACAUAAACAAGUUCAAAUUGAACGAUGAAAAGACCGAACUGAUCCCCAUUGCUAUCGCUCAAAAGCUAAAAUCUGUAAAUAACACAUCAUCCUUUACUCUCUCAGGUAUACAGAUUGAGUUUGCUCAAACAGUGCGAAACGUGGGUGUCUGCUUAGACAGAACACUAACUAUGGAAAAUCACAUUAACAUGCUUUGCAAGGCGAUUUUUCUAGAGCUGCACAGAAUUAGUCAUAUCAGACCUUUCUUAACGUUUGAUGCAUCAAAGAGGCUGAUGUCUGCAUCCGUGUUAUCACGCAUGGACUACUGCAAUGCUCUCAUGGUGGGUCUCCCAGCUACGCUCCUGGAUAAAAUAAAAAAAGCACAGAAUAAUGCGGCUCGCAUUGUUCUUUGCAAACGCAAAUUUGACCAUGCUAAAACACUUCUGAGAGAGUUGCAUAGAGUACAAAAUUUUAACUCUGUGCUACCGCUGCUUGCAUGACCUGGCACCAUCCUAUCUCAAAGUGCUCAUGUACCCACUAGACAACUCCGCUCAUCCGAUAGUGGCAAACUCGCGAUACCACGUGUUCGCCUGGAGACUUAUGAAAGGCACACUUUCGCAUUUGCUGGCCCAACAAUUUGGAACACACUUCCUGACGCUCUCAGAAACAGCCAGACAGUGGAGUCUUUCAAAACCAAAUUGAAAACACAUCUAUUUCGCAAACACCUGUUGGGGUGAUGUUGUCUACCAUCUUUACCAGCUGGCUAUUAUCUCCUAGAUGUAUAUUGACCUGUGUAGUUUAUGGUUGAAAGGGAUGAAAGACUUAGAAUGGGUUUUCUCGUAUGUAGCUUUUGCAAUGUUGUGUUUUGUAUAUCAACAUGCUAUAAUAUAGAUUUUUUUUUAUUCCUCUUUUAAUAUGGCUGACUUUGUACAGCGCUUCGAGCCUUUGGGGAUGAAGCGUGAUUUUCAAAUAAACUUUAUUAUUAUUAUUAUGUUUCAGCAUUGCACCAAGCAUUCCCUCCACCAAAGAACAAGAUCCACUUCUAGAAAUUGACAGAAAUGUCCGCAAACUUGAAGCCAGUUUGACAUCAAAGUCUGGAAAUUUUCCCCUACUGAAUGUGGCAGACUUGAAGAAGUUUCUCCCUUGUACUAUCAACUUGGAUCCUUACCUGCGAAAGUUAAUCAGAGGUCAGUUUUUUGAUACAUUAGGACCCAGGGUUACUUUCAGCUAUAUCCGGGGAAAGCCAAGUGCCCCUCCCCCACCCCCCUUGGAGCAAAAAUAUGUCCAACAAUAAAUCAACUUGCAGAAGUUUCUCCCUUGUACUAUCAACUUGGAUCCUUACCUGCGAAAGUUAAUCAGAGGUCAGUUUUUUGAUACAUUAGGACCCAGGGUUACUUUCAGCUAUAACCGGGGAAAGCCAAGUGCCCCUCCCCCACCCCCCUUGGAGCAAAAAUAUGUCCAACAAUAAAUCAACUUGCAGUGUGCCCCACCCCCAAAAAAAAAUCUGAAGGCCCCCCCCCCCACCCGGGAAAAUUUCUGAAAGACACACUGUUAGGACCUAGAAGACAGGUUUUAAAGAAAUACUUUUAGUAAACCGCCCUGUUUUCAGACGUUUCCCGUACAUAUUUAAAAUUUAUUUAAUUAAAACUCACAUCCAAGAGAGAAAGACUUGCAUCUAGAGCUUAGUAGCAAAUUCUCAAGGAAAUUGGCAUGUACCUUUGGACAGCUAGGCCAACAACGGGCACAGAUGUUACCACUGAAUUCUUUACCCACAUUAGUUGGGCUCAACUCUGUAUGCAAUUGUACUCCAAGUCUCUGAAUCAAAUGACCCCCCACCACACCAUUCAGUACGUCACCUCCCACCACACCAUUCAGUACAUCACCUCCCACCACACCAUUCAGUACGUCACCUCCCACCACACCAUUCAGUACGUCACCUCCCACUACACCAUACAGUAUGUCACCUCCCACCACACCAUUCAGUAUGUCACCUCCCACCACACCAUUCAGUAUGUCACCUCCCACCACACCAUUCAGUACAUCACCUCCCACAACACCAUUCAGUACAUCACCUCCCACCACACCAUUCAGUAUGUCACCUCCCACCACACCAUUCAGUAUGUCACCUCCCACCACACCAUUCAGUACCUCACCUCCCACUACACCAUACAGUAUGUCACCUCCCACCACACCAUUCAGUAUGUCACCUCCCACCACACCAUUCAGUAUGUCACCUCCCACUACACCAUUCAGUACAUCACCUCCCACCACACCAUUCAGUACAUCACCUCCCACCACACCAUUCAGUAUGUCACCUCCCACCACACCAUUCAGUAUGUCACCUCCCACCACACCAUUCAGUAUGUGCACAAUAAACUGAUGGCCUCUCAGCCUUUUCUUAUUAUCCUAGCAUAUAUGGCCACCUCCAAACAUUUACUGUAUUCUAUUUCUUGUUGUGUCUUGUUUUGUCUUUUGCCCUGUCUGCUGAAGAAGACUCUUAGCCAAAACUUUCUCUUUUUGAUGUCCUGUCUUUUCAUUUCACGCUUUCACAUACCUUGUUCAAGUAUUUCCUUAUUAUUCUCAUAUAAUUUGUCAUCUUUUUUUCAAAAUGUGUGCCCCACAGAGACCCAGCACAACAUGGAGCGCCACCAAGCAGAGAUGGCCACCCUUGGGGGUGUCUUUCCCCCCCCACCGCCGCCUGCCAUGUAUGGAAACUUCAUAAGGGAAGCCAACCAAGACCGCACAUCCCUGCUUUCAUCUCCUGCCCGGUACAACUCUGGACAUCAACAGUUGAUGUACGGCAUGUACGGCAAUCAGCAGGCCCUGCCUCUGGCCGCGGCCAUGCACAAUCCCUACCUGAUGCCCUCCUACCUGCAGGGUCAGCAGGCCUUGUAUGCCCAACAGUCAGCCCAGUCCAGCACCAACACGCUGGCCAACAAGUCCAAUGUUAAGACACCUAAAGACUUCUUCACGGUAAGUCUUGCUUUUUUACUUAAAGGCAGCCCAAUAGUUGAAAUAUCAACUGGAGGUUUUCGGAUGUUAAUAUAAUGAAAUUUUUUUAUAUCUUGAAGUCCUCAUUUCAAACAAAACCUCAGCACACUCUUAGUUCAUCAAGUAAUAUCUUCACAUUUGUAGGCAUAUAUUAAAGUUUGGCCCCCUAACCUUUGAACUUGCAUAAAUUCCAGAGGGGUAGAGUCCCCAGUUUGGAAACCACUAUUGUAAAUAAAGAAAAUUAUGUUACAAGAAAAUCCGCCUAAUCAAAUUAAAAUAUGUAUAAAUGGAUUUUCAGUAAGUAACUCAAGUUUUACAUUUUAAAAAAACGUUAUGGUUACCAUGAGUGGUUUGCAGUGGGCAAUAGUUCAUCCUUUGGGAUGGGCAAUAGUUCAUCCUUUGGGAAGUACUGGAGGGCAAGAGUGGUCAGGGUUGAACUACUUACGGGGUCAAUUAUCCAUAUAUUCGGGCAAGCUAUUUUCUUCAAUAGAAUCCUGCUUUAUAACUUUAAAAAAGUAUUUGCCACUCAUUGCUUGGUAAAAAAAAUAAAUCGGAUUUGGACAAUUUUUUUUUUCUUUCUUUUUUCCUAGAAUUACUUUAAACCUGUGUACCUGUCCAAGUGUUCAGUGGAUGAUAUAUGUGAUCUCCUGGCCCGGCUCCGAGGGCUCAGUCCUAACCAUGUGGCUGAAUAUCAGGCCAGCAUCAGGGAGAACAAUGUAUCUGGCCUUGUUCUCACCAUGUGCGACCUCUCUGAACUUCAGCCUGUUGUCAAGAUGAGAUUCGGGGAUUGGCAGCUGUUCCGCAGCGCUGUCCUCUGCCUGAUGGCGGCCGAGAGCCUCACGGAGGUCCAGGAGGAGAGCAAAACUGAUGUGGUGGACACAUCCCAGACUGCCGCCCUCUCACAGUCCAGCUCGGGGAUCAGCUACAGCGAGCACUCGUCGACUCUCAGCAAUAACAAGGUCAGUCGAAGCAUGAGCCUGCAGGAGCCAAACAGCAGCAGUCGGUUCGGACCCAGGACAGAGCUGCAGAAAAUCAGAGAGAGGAAG